AUGAGAUUAUUUCUGCUUUCUGCUGGGUAUAUUCUACAUGUACUUUCUUGUGUGGUGGUAGCAGCCGAAGACUGUCCUCCGAUUCCCGACUUUACGGCGGUCUAUCAUUACGAUUCUGUGUGUGACAAGAAGGCUCAGAAUCGGUUUCAAGAUUCGUUGGAUCGAGGUCGGCAAGCACGUCAAUUGCAGGCGUCCGGCAUUUAUCAUGUUCCCAAUCGAUUGACCCGCCAUUGUCCCAUGGAUGUGCAAGACAUGUUGCAGCAUGACAAUGACUAUAACGCCGACAACAUUUAUCAUUAUGGAUUCAACACCAUUUGGCUGGUACACAAUACCGCCAGCACUCCAGUGGUCAUUAGUUGGGUCGAUCGCAAGAAUCAAAAGCAACUUCCAGACAGCGAUAAUAAGUACUACUAUGAAGAAGUCUCUGCCAUUGAUGGCAAGACCAGUCCUCCUCACAAAGAUCCCAACGCCAUUCUACAACCCGGACAGUGGAAAGCCAUGAAUACGUACGAUGGACACGUCUUUUACAUUCGUCGUCUUAUUGUACCAGAAAACAACAACAAUACUACCGGUAGUACAACAAGAUUGGGCCCCAUUUUGAUGCAACAUCGCGUCGGUCUCAUUCCCAUUCGCAACGUCUUUGGCCAUGCCCUCGAACAGUACUGCGAUCCCAACGAUCCCGAUUUGGAACCCAUUGUCGAAAUCAAGGAGACGCAUCAAACCCAACGUGCUCCGGAAUUCCAGCGCUCCUUACGACCCCCACUACGACCCUGCAAUACCCAAGACAUUGGAUUUCGCAAUCUCGUUGGCUGUCCUUUGAAUGUCUAUUAUUCUUCCACCUUCAACAUGACGGGGCAACCCCGUGCCGCCGGUGAAGCGUGUAGUUUUACCCCCAAGAGUUGUCAUGAACAAUUCAAAUUCCAUCUGGGAACCAAUCCUUACACCACAGAUUUUAUGUGGGCGUGGGACAGUCAAACCAAAUUUGAAGGCACGUACGUCGGACACAAUUUUGUCUUUCGAUUGCGGGCCAAUGAUGAUAUUGUCGUCGAUAGUGUCACCGUACAACCAACGUAUGUGCAAGAGUGUGCGGAAUUGAUGGAGAAUCAACAACACAAUGAUCACUUUCGAAAAUCAAUACUGGCUCGACCAAAGCGAGAAAUACGGGAAUUCGUACAUGUAUGA